AUGGCUAACAGAAGACCUGAAAGGAUGUUUUCUGUAAAGUCCUCACAACAAGACGGCCUUUUCGCCAUCAGCUCUGUAAAUUCUCUUUCGCGGGCAAUUCUAAGCUAUACUCUACCUAUCGACACAACCCCGCUAAUCCUAGUUGCUUUGAGUUUCAGGUUAAAAAACACAUCAAGGCAGGUGAAGGUCAUGAAUUUGGGAUCUUUACAGUUGAAACCCCAUUUCAUGCCUCAAAUGUUCAAGUUCUUGAUCCAGUCACUGGUCAGAUUUCAAAACUAUGGAGGAAACCUUGCGAAGUGGGAAUUAGAUAUCUAGAAGAUGGUCCAAAGUGAGAGUUUGUAGAGGCUAAGGGGCAUCUCGGUCUGUAAUUUCUCGUCCUGAGAUUUUGAAGAUUAGGACAACUCCAAGACCUACGGUAGGCAUGUUGGGAGGCAUGAUAGACUUUAGCCUUUAGAUGUUUGGCGUAAGCAUAGUAGAUCUAGUUUAUAACCUUGCACGGGUAAUGAUGAAGGGAUAUACAACUAUCUAUUAAUAAAUAUAAAGCCU